AUGCCAGGGGUCCCUGUGCUCCCUGCAGCUGCUUUCCCCUCGCACCAGGGCGUCAUUGUGCCAAUGUCACAGCCAGGGAGCUGGAGGGCUGUGGCCUUAGGAGAAGCGCUCAGAGACCCUGUAUCCCAGGUCUCUAUCCUGUGGGCCAACCCCUAUCCCAAGCCCCACACCCGCCUCUGGCAGGAGUCCGGGGAGUUUAUGUUCGAGUUCGACCAGGACGAGAUCUUCCACGUGGACCUGGAGAAGAAGGAGACCGUCUGGCGCCUGCGCGACUUUGGCAAGUUCACCAGCUUCGAGGCGCAGGCGGCUGUGGACAAAGCGAACCUGGAGAGUCUUAUCAAAAGCUUCAACCACACACGGGCCCAGAAUGUGCCCCCUGAGGUGACCGCAUUCCCCGAAGACCCCGUGGAGCUGGGGGAGCCCAAAAUCGUGAUCUGCUUUGUGGACAAGUUCUCCCCACCUGUGCUCAGCGUGACGUGGCUGAAGAACGGGCAGGAGGUGACGGGGGGCAUCUACAAGACCAACUUCUAUCCCUGCCAGGACAACUCCUUCCGCAAGUUCUCCUACCUGCCCUUCCUCCCCAGCCAGGGCGACUUCUACGACUGCCGGGUGGAGCACUGGAGGCUGCCCGAGCCCUUCACGAAGCACUGGGAUGAGGCUGGGAAGCCCAGGUGCCCCCCCAUCCCCGAGACCACAGAGACCCUGGUGUGUGCCCUGGGCCUGGCCGUGGGCAUCAUCGGCAUCAUCACGGGCACCGUCCUCAUCAUCAAGGGCAUGGAGAUGAAAGCCGCCCGCAACCCGCGGGGCCCCUUGUGAGUAGCCGCUGCCUGG